ACAUAAGCUUGUGUAGCUGAAUAUCAAAAACACGACAACUACAUAUUCAAACCACAAAUACAGUACACUUUCCGCUGCAAUUCCAAUCUCCAAAAGUAUCAAAUCAAUCCACUAUUCAUGCCAAUUCACAAACAAAAAUGCCCCCCCAUCCCCAAGACAAAGUCCAACACCACUCCCUCACGGAUCCACAAACCUUCUGGAAAACCCAAGCCUCCCAUCUCCACUGGCACAUAUCGCCGACUCAAAUCCUCACCACAAAAACUAAAAUUCUAAAAUCAGGUAUCUCGCAUAAACAUUGGGAAUGGUUUGCAGAUGGUGAAAUAAGUACUUCUUAUAAUUGUGUGGAUCGACAUGUGCUCGCAGGGAAUGGAGAGCAAACGGCUAUUGUUUGGGAUAGUCCUGUGACGGGAUGUAAAGAGAAGAUUAGUUAUGGGGAAUUGUUGAGGGAGGUAGAGGUGUUUGCGGGGGUAUUGAGGGAGGAGGGGGUAGGGAGGGGUGAUGUAGUUUUGGUUUAUAGUGAGUCUGUGGAUUUGUUCAUUUUGUUUGUGUACCUAUGAAGAGAGAAAGAGCUAAUGUGAGACUUAUUAUAGUGCCCAUGAUUCCCGCAGCUCUUAUAGGUACCCUUGCGAUAUCUCGUCUAGGAGCAAUUCAUGCCGUCGUAUUCGGUGGAUUCGCAGCAGCCAGUUUAGCCCAGCGUAUUGAUGCUUCUAAACCGGUAGCUAUCCUUACAGCUUCUUGCGGAAUAGAUGGAACUAAACCUCCUCUAUCCUAUCAACCAUUCAUUCGAGAAGCUAUCGCCCUCUCAUCUCAUAAACCUAAUAAGACUAUUAUAUGGCAACGCGAACAAUUGCGCUGGGAAAAUCCCAACAAAGAAAACGGAGAGAGAAAUUGGCAACGAUUAGUCAAAAGUGCUGGUUCCCGUGGUAUAAAAGCAGAUUGUGUACCAGUGAAAAGUACAGAUGGUCUUUACAUUAUCUAUACAUCAGGGACAACUGGAUUACCUAAAGGUGUAUUACGAGAAGCGGGUGGUCACGCAGUCGGUUUAAACUUAUCUAUUAGUUACGUAUUCGGUAUCCAUGGACCUGGAGACGUCAUAUUUUGCGCAUCGGAUAUUGGUUGGGUAGUUGGCCAUUCAUAUAUUUUAUAUGCACCUUUGCUAGCUGGCGCUACAACUGUUCUUUUUGAGGGAAAACCUUUAGGAACACCUGAUGCGGGGACGUUUUGGAGAAUUGUUGAUGAAUAUAAAGUCAAUACACUUUUUACAGCACCAACUGCUCUUCGAGCCAUUCGUCGCGAUGAUCCAGAAAAUAAAUUGUUCAAGGAAAUUGGGGAAAGAGGUGGUCUUAAGACUCUCCGUGCGCUAUUUCUUGCAGGUGAAAGAAGCGAACCGAGUAUUAUUACGAUGUAUCAAGAACUCCUGGAGAAAUAUGCAGCAAAGGGUGCAAAUGUUAUAGAUAACUGGUGGUCAUCCGAAUCAGGGAGUCCAAUGACCGGUAUUGCACUUUCACCACAAAGAGGAUUAUCCCUUAUCGCCAGCCAUGAAUCCACGGAAAUCCUCCCCGUCAAACCCGGUAGUGCGGGAAAACCUCUCCCGGGUUUCGAUGUUCGCAUCGUUGAUGAUCGUGGCGAUGAAGUUCCACGCGGUACAAUGGGUAACAUAGUUCUUGGGAUUCCGUUGGCACCAACGGGUUUUAGGACGCUGUGGAAUGAUGAAGAGAGGUUUUAUAAGGGGUAUAUGAAGCGGUUUGGUGGGAGGUGGAUUGAUACUGGGGAUGCGGGGGUGGUGGAUAAGGAGGGUUGGGUUAGUAUUUUGAGUCGGAGUGAUGAUAUUAUUAAUGUGGCGGCUCAUCGGUUUAGUACUGGUUUGUUGUUCUUUUCUCCUUUUCCUGUUUCCUCCAUUUCUCUUUCUUCCAUUCCCAACUCUUCACUUCCCAUGAACUUUCUUCUACACCCCUUGGGCACAAACCUCAAACUAACCUCAAAAGGUGCAAUCGAACAAGCAAUCUCCGCCCAUCCCCUCAUAACAGAAUGCUGCGUAGUCGGCAUCCCAGACCCCCUUAAAGGCCAUAAGCCCUUUGCAUUCAUCACACUUUCAACGUCCGCUCAUCCAACAUCAGUAAUCCCAGAAGCAGAACUCGAAAAGGAAAUUCAGGAAUUGUUACGGAAACAAAUUGGUGCAAUUGCUACUUUAGGAGGGAUUAUUCAGGGAAAGAAUAUGAUUCCUAGGACGAGGAGUGGUGAGUUUUUUGUGAUUUCUUUUGGCUGCGGGUUUUUGGAGAGAGGGGAUGAGUUGAGGGAUUUGAAUUCGAAAUACAGCUAAUAUUUUGCCAAUUUAGGUAAAACAUUAAGAAGGGUAUUGAGGGAAUUGCUAGAAAAUGAAUAUAAUAGGGAUACAGGGAAGAAAGUUAAUGUUCCCGCGACGAUUGAAGAUGAGAGCGUGAUUCAUGUGGCGAAAGAGAAGAUUAGGGAGUAUUUUGUUGUAAAGGGAGAGGGAUGGGGUUGAGGAUGGAGGUGGAGGGGCUGAGGAAGGGAGGGGGAGGGAGAGGGAGAAAGCGAAGUUGUAGAAGACUUGGAAUGAUGGAUGGUAUAGAUGUGAAUGUGGAUGUGGAUAUAUAUUUUAGAUAGGCUGCGCAACAGGGCUCCGUGU